AUGCCAUUUAACAGCAUGCCAUCAGAUCUCAACCACAUCCUUCCGGAGCAGAUGGAGGCCGCCAGGGCCAAUGGGGGAGAUCUCGCCGAAUUUACGGAUCUGCAACCAUGCCCUUUGUACAACCUCAUCGCGGCCAGUGCGCCAGGGAGGUUGCCACGUUUAAUGGCCAAUGUCUCGGCAGCACUGGAUAAGAAGGUCAAGCAGCUCCUUUGA